AUGCAGCACUUGAGUAUACUUUAUCCGGAUACGGUAGGAUUGAAUUCUUCCACAAUGUGUCAAUUCAGUAAACAUGGCGAAGCUCUGCCAAACCAAUUCGAAUCAUUUUCCUGCUCGGCUUGUCUAUUUUUCAUAUUCCUAUUCAAUGUCAACACAUAUCAACAUUCGUAAGUCUAGAGUUUUUGGGUUCUGAUUCUUUUUUGAUUAUUGAAUUUCAAUUCUAAAGUAGUUAAAGUUAAGAAUUUGGAGCUGGGGUUUGGAAACUUUUUGAAAAGUUAAAAAUAAAGAGCCCAAAUGUAUUCUCAUUUUCUGAAAAAAAAAUUUAAAAAUAUGAAAAUACUUGUUUUCUAGUGAAAAGUGAAAAUAUUUUCGGUUCAAAGAGCAGCCGGAAAUAAGCAUGUGGCGAAAACUUUUUUCUAUUUUGGAAAAAAAAAGAUCGAACUUGAAAAAAUCGUGGAAAUGUAUGUAAAUUGCCGUGUAGUUUGCUCGACCAAAUUACCCUCGCAACAUUUAUUUUUAUUUUAUUUUACGUGAUUUUUUGAACCUUGGUACAAAAUUGUACAAUUAGCCGAAAAGUGCCUACAUUUUGAUUGAGCCAAUUUUUUUCACACACUAUUUUUUGAUCUACGUGUUUUUUUCUGCUUGCAGAUAUAAGAUUCGAAUGUGUCCGAAUGGUUUGAUGAUUUGCCCGGAUCACAUAUAUCGGACAACUGGAGAAUGUCAUUGUGGAAAUCGGAAAUAUGUUUAUAAUGUUCCAGAAUAUUCACUUAACAGGUUAGUUUUGACACGGGGAUUUCACAGGACACUUGAUAUACAUAAUAAUUUUCACGUCAUUUUGUUUUUGAGUAUUCUGAGUUUGAUAUGAGCAAUCUUUCUGAUCUAUAGCAACAAUCUAGGUUUAAUUGUCUUGGUAUAACUUGGCUGUAUAGUUCUCUAGUAGUUAUGACGUGGAGUAUUCUGAGUUUAGCUUGAGCAAUCCAUUUAAGUAGACGACUAUGAUCUACAGUAACCCUCUCGUUUUAAAUUAUAAAAUGAGCAAUCUGGAUUUACCCAGAUUUUUUAUCUACGUUCGUACCCUGUUAGCAUGAGCAACCCAUAUCACUUGACUGGUCAACAGUAACCAUAUUCACGCCAACUAGUCUAAAGUUUUCUUCUAAUAUGAGCAAUCCGUAUAAACUUUGACCUCGCUGUAAAAUUGUCUAUUUAAAAGGAGACGUGUAAAAAGUACACACACAAAAAAUAUAUUUCCGUUUUCCUUUUUUUCUCCAAAAUUUCCUUUGUCGCUCAGCCAUAUUUAAUAAUAAAAAGGCGCAACAUUUUCUCUCGUCCAAAAUAAAAAAGAAGCAAUUUUGGUCAAGCAGGCAGGUCAAAGUGGUUAUUUUUAUGAACACUUCACAUUUUCUGCAAAAACAUUUUUUUUUCUUGAAACAAAAAAUGAAUCUGAAGAACUUUUUGGCUUUGCAUUAGACAUGAAAUAAAAAGGAUAAUUAGAUUUGUUUCCAGCCUGAGAGCAGCAAAAAAAAUCAUGGAGGGCUUUCAGAAAAUUGAAUUUAUGUUAUUUAUGUACAAGUUAGUUAGAACAACUUGACAAGUUGAUUUUUGAGAUGUUCUUUCUUUUUCUGCAAUCGAAUUAGUUUAGUUCGACUUUUCAAAUUCAUCUAUCUAAAUUCCCCUUUUUUCUUUUUGUCUGACAUCAAAUUCCCAGAGGAUUACGCAUUUUCAGCGGCGGUUUUUCGAGAAAAAAAUGUUUCAGAAAGACCUCCGCUUUUCUUUUUUUGAUUGAUGUUUCAAAAAUAUUUCAGAAAGUUUCAAAGACAUCUUGAAGCAAUAAAAAUUCUGAAUUUUUUUCUUCAUAAAUCACAUUUUCUUGCUAAGUCUCCAGAUGUAACCGGAACUUGUCAAAAGCAAAAAGCAAAGCUAUUUCUGCUCCUCGAAAAAUGUUUCAUUUCAUAACCGCAAAAAAAGGUUCACUUAUUUGUCUGCACUCUCCUCGAAUUCAACACUAUUUCAACGAUUUGGCAACACAUGAUGCUCUUUUUUUUUUGCUCGCGUUGAAACAAGAGAGGAUGAAACUAAAAACUUUCCGACGGGUUUUUUUCCAGAGGGGAUUUUUUGGCAUAUGACAAAUGGAUUUUUCUUGCAAAAUGAUUGAGAUUUCGGAAGACUUUUCAGCUGACCUGAGAAAAAAAAUCGAAGAGCUGGAAAGUUCAAAAAAUCACUCGCAACAUUUGAAUUUCACAGGGGAAUUCGAGAAAAUAAUUGUAAAGUUUUCAGAAAAAAAAUCAAAGUGAAGUGUUUUCAGAAGACCUCAUAAAUUUUUGAAUAGGACCACCCAGAAAAUGAAACUCGUUUGGUACUCUAGUCUAUCUCAAACGGGACCACAAUAAUCCUGGUUUGGAAAUCUUGAAUCUUCAAAUAGUCUGAAGUCCCAUGACGUGUAGCAUCUUCUUGAAUAAUUCUUUGAACUCUCUCUCUCAUUUUUUUCACGGCCUCCCAUCCUUCUUCCUGUAUCUCACAAUAAAAUCAGAAGAAGACACCCAUUCAGCACAAAAUGAGCAAAAAAACCUAUUUGAAGCCGACAGCUUCCGUUCGUCGGUCGUUUCGCACAUUUUUUGUGCGAACGAACGGAAAAAGAAAAAUGUUUGAGAACGAACGAAAUAUUUUUAUUUCAAUUUUUUUCAAAAGGAAACGGGGAUUUAAAAUUGGAAAAUAAAGGAAAGGAAAGGAAAGGAGAAUGGGAAUCAAAAUGAAAAAAUAUAAAUUUGCAGGGAUGCGAUUACACCCAUCAAAUAUUUGCACAUGGAAAAUCCAUCAUUGCCACCUGGAUUCGAGAUUCAUACACAAGAAUGUUGUAGUGCGGCAAAAAGUUGUUGUGAAUAUCAAAUUGAGAAUCGUGAGUUUAUGGCAAAACCUUGUACUCACAUUUUGCUGAACUCCUUUGAGCUCGAGUAAUUGAGCAAAAGUGAACACAAGUUUUCCAAACUAUAUAAGAGCACAUUUUUUAAAAUAAAUUAUAAAUCCAUAUUUCAUUUUUUUUUCAAACCCAGAAGUACUGUUUCCACGUCAUAACUCAAUUCUAAUUUCAACAAUUGUAUUCUUUUUAAUUCUUGCAGCAUCAAAAGAGCGAUGUGGUUCAACAUGGGAUGGUUAUGACUGUUUUGCGGCAAGUCAACCAGGAGAAGUUCAUCAAAAAACAUGUCCAUCUUACAUUUACGGUGGUCUUCGACCAGAUUUGAAUGAUGGAUAUCAUAAAUCACAAAGAAUAUGUCUAGAAGAUGGAUGGAGAGGAAAUUGGACAGAUUAUCAGGAUUGUACUGAAACGGUGAGUGGAUUAGUUUUGGAAGGACCUAAAAUAUUUUUAGAAAAUUCUGAUACUUUUUGUCUUUAAAAACUUUCUAAAACUUCUGAAAAAUCAAUUUUUACAGAGUGCAAUCGAGAUUGUAUUUUCCGCCGGAGUUAUCACUUAUACAAUCAGUGUUGUGGUUGUUUUGCCAGCGGUUCUGCUUUUAACUUUGAUGAGGUCAGCAAGAAUUUGAAGAUUCAAAUUCAAAAUAAGUCUUUCAGACCAAUUCGCACUCAACCAAUGUUCAUUUUACAUCGUCAUCUCCUGAUUUCAUUCCUGGCUUAUGGUGCUAUUAAUGUAUUCACAGCUGUAGUUUAUUUGAACUUGAAUAGUGACCAUACUACAGACAAUGUUAGUUAAUUCAUAUUCUUUUCAAUUCCUUCUUGGUUACUGAAUAACCAUUUUUUCACACCAAAUUAACACAUUUUUGUAGAUCCUUUGCCGUUUCAUAUUCUCACUUCAACUUAGAUUCCUUCGAAUCUCGAAUUUUUCCUGGAUGCUUGCUGAAGGUGUUUAUCUUUAUCGAUUAUUGCAUACAGCACAAUCUGAUGGAGAUAAUCUUCUUAUUUAUAAAUUAAUCUGUUGGGGUAGGAUUUAGAUCCUCAAGAGUAUGACAAACUUCUAAAGUUCCAGGUGUUCCGGCAACAAUCACAGCAAUUUAUAUGAUGGUUCGAGGAUUGAAUGAUGAUCAAUCACUUUGUUGGAUCGAAAACUCAUCCGUUUUAUGGAUUGAGUGGAUGAUUAUUCUGCCAUCACUUUUGGCUAUGCUGGUGGGUUUGAAAUCACUUUUGAGUUAUAAAAAUUUAUUGUUAGGUAAAUGUGCUUCUUCUGACACUGGUUAUGUAUAUUCUUGUGAAAAAAUUGAGAUGUGAUCCACAUUUGGAGAGAAUGCAGUAUAGGUAAGUGGAAAAAUGGAUUGAGCUGGGUUGGGAUUACUGUAGGUAUCUCACAAUCAGAUUUUUGCGAUAGUUUAAUUACUAUGGAAUUAUUAUCAUUUUCGAUCUGAAAAAGUCUCUAGUUUUCUCAAGUCAACAAACCAAAAUAUCAAAAAUCCGCGGUCAAAAAAUUGUCAUGUUUUCCGGACCUCGAUAUCUUUUUACUCCUGUUGAAUAUUAAAUUACAAGUUUUCUGGUUCUUUUUUUUUACUUUUGAAAGUAAAAAAAAAGAAUCAGGUGAUGCCCAGAUUAUUGGCCGAAUUCAAAACUCUCCAAAAAAAAACACAUUUUUUUGCAGAAAAGCAGUUCGCGGUGCUCUUUUGCUCAUUCCAGUUUUCGGAGUUCAACAAUUGUUGACAAUUUAUCGAUUGAGAAAUGUUGUUUAUCAAACAAUUGAUGUUUCAUUGAAUGGGUUACAGGUAUUUGUUAAUUUUGAGCUGAGAUUUUCAUGAAUUCUAAUUUUUCAGGGUCUUUUUGUUGCUUUAAUAGUUUGCUAUACAAAUCGAAGUGUUCUCGAAUGUUGCGAAAAAUAUUGGAAUUCGCGUCGCGAAAAACGCGCUCUUGGUGCUGAAUGUCGACAAAGAAUGAGUAUUCAAGAAACUGGAAAAUUAUUGCUUUUGAAGUCGCCAGACAGAAAUGAACUAAGUCCAUAG